AUGAAUAAAGGUUACAUUAAGAUCGUUCUUUUUGUUUUAAGUUUGUUUGUAUUUGCCAGCAAUACAACCUUUGCAGAUAAUAAUGCUAUAGAAAAAAUUAAUCCAAACAAUACCCCCACAAAUAACACUACUCCGGAUAAUACAACCCCAAAUAGCGAAGCUCCAGACAAUUCUGCCCCCAAAAAAAAAUCUUCGAAAAAAAAAUCUUCAAAAAAAAAGUCUUCAAAAAAAAAGUCUUCAAAAAAAAAAAAUCCCCAAAAAAAUAAUCCCCCAAAAAAAAAUCCCCAAAAAAUGAAACCUAGCGAUAUUAAUUUUGGGGAAAUAUUUAAUGGAAUAUACAAACAUUUUUAUGAGUUAUAUACAGGUAUAAUAUAA